GGUUUUACAGAAGUCUUCUUCCAAACUUCUCUGACACCAUGAGUCUCUCUGCCAAAGACAAAAGCACAGUCAAGGCCUUCUGGGACAAGAUUGCCCCUAAGGCUGGAGAAAUCGGUGCUGAAUCUCUGUACAGGAUGCUGACUGUGUACCCGCAAACCAAGAACUAUUUUAGCCACUGGAAUGACCUCAGCCAUGGCUCUGCCCAAGUGAAGAAGCACGGCAAGGUUAUUAUGUCUGGCGUGGAAGAAGCUGUCAAGCACAUCGAUGACCUCGCCGCCGGCCUGGUUAAACUUAGUGAGCUGCAUGCUUUCCAGCUGCGUGUUGACCCAGCAAACUUCAAGAUCCUGUCCCACAACGUACUCGUUGUCCUGGCUCUCAUGUUCCCCAAUGACUUUACUCCUGAGGUGCAUGUGUGUAUGGAUAAGUUCCUCGCUGCCGUAGCCGUGGCUCUCUCUGAGAAGUACCGAUAAAAAGCUCUACAGGAAACAGACGGACGCCGAUAUGCAUGAUCUGUCCUUCUGUAAUCCAGUAAAUGUCCUAGAUUAAUCUAAAUAAAAGCCAAAAAAAUGGCCAAUUAUGGAAAAUA